UCGAAACCUAAUCCCACCGCUUCAGAUUUAAUUGAAUUCGUAGGAAUAUUGGCGAGUAUUAAUUUGUCACCCGCCGUCCAAACAUGAAUUUCCGCGCGUGGGAUGUAAAGUAAUCAUAUGUUAUCAAAAUUAAUUGAAUACUAUUUUGGAAACUCAAAAAACUUAAAAAAUGUUCCCACAUAAUUAACACAACAAAACAAAAUAAAAACAAAAAAUACUACACAUCUCUUUUCCGCAGGGAGAGAGAAGAUCAUCGAAUGCUGUUUUUGAAUUGAGCAUGGGAAUGCAGAUUGAUAUGUACGCAUAAAGCGGUAAAAGUGCAUCCAUCCCCCGAAAUUUGAAGUUUUCCGGGCGACGCCGUUCAGAUCUGUGUCGAAAGUAGGGUUUGUGGAAAUUAUUCAAGUCUUGAGGCAUUCUUCGAAAAGGACAAUCUCAUCUGGGCCUAUAUAUCGAGAUAUGGCAGAUGCUUUUUCAAGUUUUUGGGGCCCUGUCACAUCUACACAUGAGUGGUGUGAGCCUAAUUACGUCUAUUCAUCUUAUAUCGCAGAGUUCUUCAAUACCAUCUCUAUUGCUCCAGGCAUCCUUUUAGCACUCAUUGGUCUUGUGAAUUCAUUAAGACAGCGUUUCGAGAAUAGGUUCUGUGUACUUCACAUAUCAAAUAUGAUACUUUCUAUUGGCAGCAUGCUAUAUCACGCUACAUUACAGCGACUGCAGCAGCAAGGUGACGAAACACCUAUGGUGUGGGAAAUGCUCCUUUAUAUUUACAUCCUCUAUUCACCAGAUUGGCACUACCGGAGUACAAUGCCCACUUUUUUGUUCCUAUAUGGAGCAGUGUUUGCAGUUGCUCAUUCACUCGUUCGUUUCCACAUUGGCUUUAAAGUGCACUAUGUGCUUCUUUGUCUUCUUUGCGUUCCGAGGAUGUACAAGUAUUAUAUCCUCACAGAAGACAGAUCAGCUAAGCGACUUGCAAAGUUGUAUGUUGCCACUCUUCUUGUUGGGAGUCUGUGCUGGCUAGUCGACCGUCUGUUCUGCAAGGACAUUUCUCGUUGGUACUUCAAUCCCCAGGGCCAUGCAAUGUGGCACAUUUGCAUGGGGUUCAACUCAUAUUUUGCCAAUGCGUUCUUGAUGUACUGCCGUGCUCAGCAAAGGGGAUGGGAUCCGAAGGUAAACUAUUUGUUGGGAGUUUUCCCGUAUGUGAAGAUUCAGAAAGCGAAGGCUCAAUAGGAGGCAACUGCAGCUCGUUGUGCGUUGGCUGGCGAAGGCAAGUUAUCACACUUCAUUUUUGUCUCUCCGAGUUGAAGAAUGCAAUGUAAAUGAUAGCUGAGAGUAAUCUUAGUUGGUUGGUGGUCAAGUUUCAGACUGCAGUUUGGUGGUUGUACCAUAUUUAUCAACUAAAUGACCUAAUUACAACCAACAGAAUUACUAAUCUUUUCGCAUAGUGUUUUUACCAGACAAUUGGCGGAAAUGAAAAUAGGCGUUACGCUUUCAUAUGCUUUCUGAGGUUAACCAAAUUUCAGUUAA